AUGUCCGGAAAAUGGCAUCUGGGCCUCACCCCAGAGCGCUCUCCCAAAGCCCUAAGCUCCCUUGCUCUCUAUUUCAUAUCUUUCCGCCCUUCUCAUUAUUCCUACCCACUGGCCAUGCAUCCCAUAUACAUCAUCGCCACUAGUUUCUCCAGCAACAACUACGCCUAUGAACCGACCUUCGAUAAAUCCACCGUCGACACAAUCCCCAACUUCAUGACCUUGUCGUUCAUAGUCCUAGGCUUUGAAAAUAGCGACUACGUCCGGCACCUCCCGGAAAACGGGUUCUCCUCCAAUGGUUAUGGUUCCAAAUUCCUGGACUAUCUACGCGAAUGGAAAGAUGGAAAUACUGCCAACCCCGACACCCCCCUCCAAGCGCCGCAAGUAUUCGUUGCGAAGUACAGGAGGGCAUACGAUGAUGGCCCUGAUGUACUUCGAGAAACGAGAUUACAGAAGUUGAAGGAAUUAGGCAUGACCCCGCAAGACGUAACGCCGCAUCCUGUUGUCGCCGACGAAGUAAAACUCUGGUCCGAAAUGGUCACUUUCGAACGCCAACUCUCCUCCCGCGCCAUGGAAUGUUCUACCGGCAUGGUCUCCUGCAUCGAUCAUACGAAGCUUACCCUAUCAAUCUCGGAAACGGAGAUUCGUUUAUCUGGCAUGGACCCCGUUGCCUCCACAGCGCCGAGUCGGUUCUACAAAGCAUACACAAUGGAAGGUGUGUGUGUCCUAUUUAUCGCGAAGUUCCUAGAGGGUAUGCUAGCGGAUGAACGUGUGGAUGCGAUCACGGAUACCUUUGCGACGAUCAAGGAUGUGAUUCCAACGAUACUAGAUAUGGAGGGCGUACCACAUCUAGCGCCGAGGUAUAAAGCCAAGGAGAUUACAAACAAGACACUAUCCACCCGCAAGACUUUAUUCAAGGCUGAGAAACGUGCGGGCGGGCGGCUGUUCGCAAGGGUGACUGGAAAAUCGGGUUUAAUCCGAAACCGAAAGGAACGGGGAAAUGGCCGCUUUAUAAUAUAA